AUGGUAAGCGACUCUGCCAUUCAUUCACUCGCAGGCGCUGCCGGUGGUAUCGUCGCCAUGUCCGUAACAUACCCACUCAUAGUCUUAUCGACACGUGCUGCAGUCGACGUGAAGAAUGACUCCAAGAAUGUAGCUCAGAAUCUCCUCGAGAUUGUCAGGCGCGAGGGUAUUGCAGGCCUUUAUAGUGGCUUGAGCCCAAGUUUGCUCGGGAUGGCUGUCACAAAUGGGGUGUAUUAUUAUUUCUAUGAACGUUCCCGAGGGAUCAUUCUGAACUCGAGGCAGGGGAGCAAGGCGCUUACUAUGUUGGAGUCGAUGUUGGCAGGCGUUAUUGCCGGAUCGGCAACCACCACCAUCAGCAAUCCAAUUUGGGUUGUACAGACAUCCCAAGCCGUUCGAGUGGAACCCUCCCCUUCCGAACCAUCCAAUUCACGUGCAGUACUCAGACGGCCAAGUGUUUUGCAAACCAUUCAAGCCAUCAUCGCUAAAGACGGGCUGAACGGGUUCUUCCGUGGGCUCGGCCCUGCUUUAGUGCUCGUGAUCAACCCUGUACUGCAGUACACGGUGUUCGAGCAGUUGAAGAAUUUUUUGAUUAAGAAGAGGACCUUGAAGCUAAGGGUGGGGGGCUCUGGAAGUGCUGUUGCAGUUUUGUCCGACUGGGAUUUCUUUGUCUUGGGCGCACUUUCGAAACUUGUCGCAACGGGCUCAACAUAUCCUUACAUUGUCCUGAAGAGCAGGCUCCAAGCUGGGCAAGCGCGCGCAGAGCAAUACAAAUCUUCUCUUGAUGGUCUCGCUACCAUCUUGAAAGAGGAAGGUAUACAAGGCCUAUACAAAGGUGUCGGCAGUAAACUCCUCCAGAGUGUCCUCACUGCUGCAAUAUUGUUCGUCGUACAGAGGAGGUUAUAUGAGUUCACGAAGAAGGCUAUCACAUCACUGUCAUGA